AUGGACACCACCGCCGACGCCUCCUACAUCCUCGUGGGCCUACCCGAGGCCCGCCAGCACCACACCGUGGCCCGGGCCAUGGCAGCGGCGGCCGAACCGGUGGCGACGGGGGAUGAGUUCCUAGACCUGAUGGCACUCACGGAGAACUGCUCCCCGACGUUCAUGUCCUCGGGCGACCCUUGCCUUGACUUCUUCUUCCACGUGGUGCCCAGCACGCCGGUCGCCUCCGUGGAGUCGCUCCUGGGCGUCGCCUGGGCAAUUGACUCAGCCGUCGCGCUCCGCCUCGUCGCCAACCUCCACGACGUCGUCGUGCGGUGCCUCUUCCCCAAGGGCUUCGCGCCCGAGCUCGCCGCAGAUCUCGCGGACAAGCACUACGCGUACCACUCGUGCGAGCGGCUCCGCAAGGCGGCGCUCGUGCCGCUCCGCCGCACGCUCAAGCUCUCCGAGGUCUUCAUCUCGACGUGCGCGUGGGAGUCGGUCGCGUACAUGCGCGUCGCCUCUGUGGCCAUGAAGAACUACAAGGAGCUCUUCCUCAAGCACGACACCGACCGCUUCAACUCCUACCUCACCGACGUCAAGUCUAGCAAGAAGCGGAUCACCAUAUGCACGCUGCUCCCACACAAGAUCAUCACCUCCCUCGGCGAUGACGGCAACAUGGCUGACCUACAGUGGCAGCGCAUGGUUGACGACAUGCGCACGCUCGACAGGCUGAGCAACUACGUCGCCAUGUGCGAUGUGUCUAGGAGCAUCGAGCAGCCCAAGCUCCACAAGAUCGCCGGCGAGACCCUCUACAAGAAGACAAGCUUUGUUCGAACCAUGGACUGGGGCAUGAACACUAACUUCAAGGCGGUGUUUGACAAGAUCCUCAAGGUGGCUAUGGGCGCCAGGCUGGCGCUGGAGUGGAUAGUGCGAUGUGUGUUUGUGUUCAGCAACAUGGAGUUCGACCAGGCGUCGGUGAAUCCAUGGGAGACGGACUACGAGGCAAUCGUGCGCAAGUUCACGGAUGUCGGGUAUGGCGCGACUAUGUUGGAGGUGGUGUUCUAG